AUGUCAUGUCAAAUGGAACAUGCCAUGGAAAAGAUGAUAUUCAUGUUUCACAAAUUUGCUGGGGAUAAAUGCUACUUAACGAAUGAGGACCUAAGGGUGCUCAUGAAAAAGCAAUUCUCUGGAUUUUUGGAAAAUCAAAAAGAUCCUUUGACCAUGGACAAAAUCAUGAAGGAUCUGGACCAGAGCCGAGAUGGCAAAGUGGGCUUCCAGAGUUUUCUUUUGCUCACUGCUAGGCUCACCAUUGCAUGCAUUGACUAUUUUAUAGUACAUAUGAACCAGAAGAGAAAGAAGCAGAAGUAG